AUGCAGAUUCCCGGCGACGACCUCGAACCCGAUUGGCCUGCUCCUCCCAAGCGCGGCAUCUGCGCCGUGCCUAACGUCGUCAUAACCGCCGCCAACGUCCUCGAGGUCUACGUCAUUAGGGUAAGAAAGGCAGUGAUGUCGGUUCUUGAGUUUGAUGAUUCGAUUCAUAAUCUUAGAUUGAAAUUAGUUAGAGUCUUGAUGCAUUGCUUUGAGGGUCCAGAUUGGCUUCAUCUGAUAAGAGGAAGAGAGUCCUUUCCAAAAGGGCCCUUGGUGAAAGUGGAUCCUCAAGGCAGGUGUGGAGGUGUUCUUGUUUACAGUUUGCAGUUGAUCAUACUCAAGGCUUCUCAGUUGGAGAUGAUGAUGCCUUCACCUCUGGUGGGACAAUUUCUGCUCGAGUUGAAUCAUCUUAUAUCAUCAACUUACGUGAUCUCAGAAUGA